AUGGAUCCCUACACAAUAACUUCAAAUGAAGUCAUUUGGCAAGGACAUUUAUCAAACAAGGAGCUCAGCUUGGAAAGGGGAGACUCCAUUGAAGUUUAUAUUGUGAUGGGAUCUGGUUUCAGGGUGAAGAAAACUGGGGUACAUCUCGUAUGGGAUCCCGAGUUGAUCAACGAAAAUGUGAUUGAGUUCGAGUCUAUCCCAUAUGCUUAUUUUCGUAGUGAUGUGGAGUAUGAGUUGCUCGAGAAGUUGAAGAUUCUGAAUUUCAGCCAUUCGUACUUCCUAAAACAAUCGCCAAACUUCUCAAAACUGCGAAAUCUUGAGUAUUUGAUACUCAAGGGCUGUAAGAGCUUGCUGGAGAUUCACCACUCCGUAGGAUGUCUUGAAAGACUUGCCUUGGUAAAUCUCAAAGACUGCAUAAUGCUCAAGGAUCUUCCAAAGAGUUUCUAUAAGUUGAAACACGUUGAAACUCUUGUUCUUUCUGGCUGUUCAAGAUUUCAAAACUUGGUUGGGGAUAUAGGAGAGAUGGUAUCAUUGACAACUCUUCUUAUAGAUAACACAGCCAUAGAAGAAUUACCAUAUUCUUCCAUAGCACGGUUGAAGAACCUGACACGUUUAUCUCUAUGCGGUCUGAAACUUAUAGAACCCAACCCUUCCGUUUGGCCUUUGGUAUUGACAAGAGAAUAUCCUCCUGAAUUACAUUGCUCAAUUUCUUCCGAAGAUUUCAGGACUAUCGACAUGGAUAGCAACGAAUUUUAUAUCCUUCCGAGGAAUCAUAAGCGCAAGACAACGAGCGAAGAUGGUGUCAUUUUCCCCCCUGGAAAUGAUAUUGCCAAGUGGUUCACAAAUGUCGACAAUGAGGGUGAUCGAGUCUGUUUCCAAGUGCCUCAAACCACCGGUUUUAACUUAAAAUCGUUGACUGUGUGCACCGUUUAUUCUUCAUUAUUACACAAGGCCGCACCUCUUAAUCAUUUUGCUAUAUUUAUUACGAAUCAUACCAAGAUCAUCAGCUUCGUUGUCCGGCCAAUGGAUCCCUACACAAUAACUUCAAAUGAAGUCAUUUGGCAAGGACAUUUAUCAAACAAGGAGCUCAGUUUGGAAAGGGGAGACUCCAUUGAAGUUUAUAUUGUGAUGGGAUCUGGUUUCAGGGUGAAGAAAACGGGGGUACAUCUCGUAUGGGAUCCCGAGUUGAUCAACGAAAAUGUGAUUGAGUUUGAGUCUAUCCCAUAUGCUUAUUUUCGUAGUGAUGUGGAGUAUGAAGCAGGACCGAGCCAUGUCUCAUGA